CUGUUUCAAACCUGGUCCAUAACCCUGUUAUUUAGAUAAAAGAAUCUACUUCGAUUGUCGAUCAGUGAAAACCGGCAAUCCAGGCCUGGGCAAAGAAUUUAUGAACGAAGUGCAAAAGUAUAACACACUUAUCAUCAAAUCCACUUCUUACGAGUAAGUCAUGAAACAUUACGGGAUGUAACUGCUGUACGAAAAACCAGGGCCAGGUGAACCACAGAUCGGUUGUUGGACCACGGACAACAACUGCCUUUGUAGGGUCGGGACGUUGAGGCGGCAAUAAUAGGCCUAUAGUUGUAAGUAUAAACUGGAACUGGAUGCGCGCCUAACACCAAAACGGCAACACCAAAUGGCUGUCGGGAUUAUCUGCAGAUCUUUCGUUGCCGCACUGACGCUGGCCAGCGCCUAUGUCGCUGCAACACCGGACGUAUCAUGCUUUGACAGUUUGACAUCAGUCAGUCCCUCUCCGGCGCAGAUAUGGUUGAAGCAGUAUUCGCAGGAUGAAUGCAAAGUCGCUUGUCGUUACGCACUGGAGCUGUAUGAUUUUCGCUGCUCGUUCAUUGGAUACUACGCCGGCACACUGGACUGUGUCCUCUAUGGAAACGAAAGUGUCACCGUCACACAUGCCAAACGAUGGACGUCAACGGCUUUGCCAUCGGGAACCGCAACGCUCUUCAGGAGUUCUUGCGAAAAACCAAACUAUCAGUGCUUGGAUCAGACCAAUAAUUGUGCAUACCAGAAGACCGGUUUGUGCCAAAGUAAAGGCAUUGUAACCAACAAAUCGACCACCGUCAGCGGCAAGACUUGCCAAUCGUGGAGCAACAGUCGAUUUCCCGAAGUGGGUACCCAUAAUUUCUGCGCUAAUCCAGAUGGCUCAGAUGGUCCGUGGUGUUACACCACAGACACGAGUGAAAGAUGGGGCUACUGUUACCCAGAUUGUCCAACGGACAAGCUAACCUGUGUGAGUGAGGGCGACCAGUGCGCCAAAGCCGGUAGUCCUAUUUGUCAAUUGAAUAAGUACACCGGUACGAAGACGACAACAUUUAGCGGAUUGCCCUGCAAGAACUGGUCGCUAACUAAAUACUCUGCGGAGGGAAUCAUAACAACUGCCGAAAUCCCAGCGGAGACGAUGCGCCAUGGUGUUAUACCGAAACAAGUUGGGAGUACUGCUUUGCUCGAUGUGACGCUCAGCAGUGCCCCACGGCGCCUCCGAAUCCGGCCCUGACUAUAAUUAAAACAAAAAAGUGGCAGGAUGGUCAACUGGACGUUAAUAACCUUUUCCCUGACGAUUACACCAGCCCCCUCAACAUUAGCGUUACUGUGCAACAGUCGGGACAGACCUUUACACUGACCAUCAAUAACUGGUCACCCCGGGCUUUAACCGAGCUGCGUUGCCGAAUUCUCUUCAGGACAACCGAAAAAGCGCCCAUCGACGUCAUUGUUCCGGGUCCGAUCAACGACUGGACCGUGUAUCAGUAUCAGACGGCUAUUCCGGGUUUGACGAGCGUUGCGGAUAUCGAUACCGUAAAGGUUAUUUUUCCAUUUCCAUGGUAUUCGAUCGUACUGAUCGGCUACGGUCGACAGGCUACCGAUGACCCGAAAUUUCUCAGUGUAACAGCAAAAGAAAAGCAAGUUUUCGCCCGACUCGUUUCGGACUUUCGGAUACUGUUCCACCUGCCGAAAUACCGUUUGUGGAUGUUGGGCUAUCGGAUGACGCAAAGCGACCCCGUUCGGCAUGGACGACUGUCCGAUUACGACCGGAAAGCCGACACCUAUCUGGUAACCUUUCCACAGAAGCUAAACGCCAGUGGUGGCGGUCUGGCGAAAUUGGGUUACGAUGACCCGCGGCCGGAGCGGAAAUGGACCGGAGCCUGGGCAUCGAUAGCCGCCGGCCGUGUCAACGACUACUUAUCCGGUUGGAUGAAGGAUCCUUACUGGACACUGGAACAUGAAUUGCAGCACAAUCAUGGAUGGAGUGAUCGGGAGUUCCAAAUGCAGGCCACGCAGUAUUUCAUACAGGAGCUGGCUACGGAAGCGUACGCCUCCUGCUUACUGCGAUGGUUCAAAGCGCCGUUGGAACGCUACGAAGACACAGCCCUCCUCAGUGCUUUCCAGAAUCCCGUGGACGGACUAGUUUAUGUGGUCUCGGCCUACACCUACCGGACGAUAGAUCUGAGCGGGUUUAUCACGGAUGCCGGUCGGCAAAGCUCAUUCGAUGGUAAUCCACUUGGAGGAGACAGCUGUACUGUUCCGGGUGUGGACUGUUAUCGUCUGAAGAUUCCCAAGUGCAAGAAUUUGACAGCCUACAGCGGCACCAAGAGUACAACUCUGUCCGGGAGAACAUGUCAACAGUGGGAUGUUAACACUCCCCAGUACAGCUACAACCACCAAUUGGGCAGUAAUAAUUACUGCCGCAAUCCUGAUAAGGAUGAUGGACCGUGGUGCUACACAAUGGAUAAAAGUGUCCGAUGGGAGUACUGCUUCAAAGACUGUGGAUAUGCGACUACGGAUCCAGAUGAUCCUGGUUACUGCGUGAAGAAAGACAAGAGUUGUACAUAUAAAAACAUGCCCUUGUGCAAGGACCGCAUACCUGGAUGGGCAAUUGAUCUUCCAGACUGCGAUGAUCACGGUGCAUGCUUUAAUGAAGUUGAUGGAUGCCUUCGCGACCAGAGCCAGGGCUGUAAGCUGGAGAUCUUCAAUUAUAAAGGACCGAGAUUUACGAGUGCUGAAGGCAUGCCAUGUGCUGGAAGCCCAUCCAGCGAUCCAUCGAUUCGCUGUUGGGGAGAUCACGGACCGACGUAUUACAACACCACACCUUACUGUUAUGUCAACCCGGCCACUCAAGAUGAGAGAGACUUAUGUUUCAAAAUAUGUGAGUCAGAGAUAUUAAAGACGUUGCGAGCCAAGCCGCGUGCGUACAUCCAGAGCAAAUGGUCCAUUCCGGAACCGGUGAAAUUCGCGUUCGUUGUCAAUAGCAAUCAGUUAGCGUUUGUUCCAUACCGAUACGGUGCAGAUGUCUACGAUGAGAAAAUCCGCUUGUACGAUUUGAAAACGGGGUCAUGGCUGGGAGACAAAACAGUGAGCGGCCUUUUCGAAGCGCUGGGCAACAAAUAUUAUAACCCCCAAUUUCUGCAAGGAUACGGUGUUUUCGUGGGAUCCCAGUACUGCCGACUGGAUGACGUCACGGUGAAGGCGGUUGACUGCGAAAACGUGUACACCAGCACGAAGUGGGCGGAUCUGCGACGCUUCUCCAGCGGACCCGGCGAUUUCGACCUGGUCUUCCGGGCGGACAGUUUAGCCUUCUUCUUCAAAGGCGCCGAAUAUCUCGUGUACGAUUUGCAAACAGGAAAGGCGCUGCCCUUCUAUCCGCGUCCAACCAAGGAAUUCCUUUAUAAAGUCGGCAUUCUCGGCACAUCGUUUGCUGCACUAGUGUAGCGUGCUUCUCUCAUAAAAGAAACAUUUGUUCAGUAAUCGAAAAGGUUCGUUUGCUUUCUUUGUGGUUUAUUGUUAAUUGCAUUGCUGCAAAGGUUUAUCAGGAUUUAAGUACUGUACGUUGACUUCCAGUCUUCCAGACAGAAAACUCAAAAUUUACUAGAAUUAUGAGCAAGACGGGUAGUUCAUUCUUUAAGUUUAUUGUAAUCCCAUGAUCACGAUUCUGAACGUCACAGCAAAAAAAGAGGGAA